AUGAAUCCUACUACAGGAAUGCCUAGAGUUUCUGAUACUAUUUUUAGAAAUGUUGAUGAAAUAUGUAAAAAAUACUUAACACCAAAUUCAUUAGCUUUACAACGUAAACAAAUGGUUGAAAGCCUUUUGUAUAGAACUUGGAUAAAGGAAGUUGAAAAUAUUUAUCUAUUGGAUUCAAAUCGGUAUGACGAAGGAUUUGUGGAAGAUGAUUAUGAAGAACCCCAAAUUUUAAUUAAUAUGGCUUUAGAGGCUUGUUCAAAUGGUAUAGUAAAUGAAAUUUGGGAAGUUAGGCAUCUUCAAAGCACAAAAAACCGAUCACAAUUUGUCAUAAUACUUGACGAUGGUAGUCAUUACUGCACAUGUCUUUAUUUAAUUUAUGCUGGAUUCGUUUGUAGGUAUUUUUUUGCCGUAAUGUUACAAUCAAAAAUUGCACAGUUUAACAUUAAACUUAUACCUUCCCGAUGGUAUUCCAAAGAAGGGCUUUCAGUAAUGGAUAAGAUACAAGAAAAUUCAAUUCAGCUGAUACAAGAUGGAGAGCAGAGAACUGGUACUUUUUAUACAUUAAAUAUUAUUCGUGGACAAGAAGUAUAUAAUGAAUUUAUAAAAAAUUUGGAUUCAAAAAAAGAAAUAUUUGGUCGUGGAAUUGGACUUUGUAAGAAGGCUUUAAAUCUAGCAAUUGCAAGUAAUUCUCACCAAGUUUUUGAAAAUCUUUUACAACAGUUUAUUGAGCAACAAACAGUAUCACUUUCAGCACAAGAUGAUGAUUUAACUGAAGAAGUUUUAGGUAUUUCAAAUCCAAUUCAACACAAAGGCAAAGGCCGACCUGCAAAUAAGAGAUAUUUGUCGGCUAUUGAAAAUCGUUCUAAUAGAAAUGCAAAUUCAAAAAAUCAAGAUCAGGACGAAGUUUCGGAAGGAUCAAGAAAGAAAAACAAGCGGCAAUGUGCUCUAUGUAAGUCAUGGUAUCAUGACUCGCGAAAUUGCCCUUCAAAAAAUAAAGAACAAGAUAAAGAAAAUAUUUAGAUAGUUUUAUUUGUUAUUUAA